UCGGUGUCAUCGGCGCGCGCGGGGGCGACCGUUAAACGUCUCUUCCCGCUUAUUCCUCUCAUGAGGGUCUGGAGUGGGCUGCGGCGCGCCGCCUCCUCCGCUCAUGGGGCGACCGUGGGUGGGAGGCCUCGGAGGCGGGCGUGGGAGACGUCGCUGUCGCCGCUGGAGCGGGUGAGGCGGCUGCUGCCACCGGAGGAAGCUGAGGCGGUGGGGCGGUGCGCGGCCGCCCCUCAUGCUCCCCCUGGGGAGGAGAAGGAGGAGGAGGAGGUGGCGACCGCCCCUCAGGUGCCUCCUGAAGCGGCAGGAACGCGUCCCGGCGCUUUCCGUGCCGGGGAGCUGGCGCUGGCGGAGGUGCGGAGAAAGCACAACACAACGCUGAAGCUGUUGUGUCGGCUGGCGGCGGGUUCGGUGUUAGCCAGCCCCGGUGGCAUCCUGCCUCACCACGACAUCAUUGGGCAGCUGCCCGGGCAGGUGCUGCGCACGUCGGCCGGGGCGCGGUUGCUGCUGAGGCGGCCCUCGCUGGAGGAAUACGUGCUGCUGAUGCCGCGGGGGCCCACCAUCGCCUACCCCAAGGAUGUAAGUGCUAUGUUAAUGAUGGUGGAUAUCCACCCGGGAGACACUGUUUUGGAAGCUGGCAGCGGGUCUGGCGCUAUGACCUUGUUCCUGUCGAGAGCAGUUGGGCCUAAAGGACGUGUUAUAAGUUAUGAAAUCAGAGAUGAUCAUCAUAAUUUAGCUAAGAAGAAUUACAGGCACUGGCGUGCUGCAUGGGAAAUAGGACACACGGAAGAGUGGCCGGAUAACGUGGAUUUCAUUCUUAAAGACAUUUCAACAGCUGCUGCGGAUAUGAAAUCUAUAGCACUUGAUGCAAUAGUUCUGGAUAUGCUUAACCCCCAGUCUGCUCUGCCUGUUGUACACCCAAGUCUGAAAGAGGGUGGUGUGUGCGCUGUGUACUUAGCAAACAUCACGCAGGUUAUUGACCUUUUAGACAGAAUACGGACCUGCAAGCUCCCUUUUUUGUGUGAAAGGAUCAUUGAGGUAACUCACAGAAAUUGGUUGGUACUCCCUGCUAAACUCAAGAAUGGCAAAUCAAGCCAAAUGAUGGAAACUCAAGAAAAUAUUGAAGAACAACCUCAAAAGGAAUGUGAAGAAAUCCACGUUCAGGAUCAAGUAGUUCUUAAAGAAAGUGAAUACAAUGAAUCACUUUCUGACAAUGCUGAAACGUACUGCUCGGUGCCUUACGUUGCUAGACCAUCUUAUUGGCAGGAAGCUCAUUCAGCAUUCCUUACCAAGCUGAGAAAGUUUCGACCGCUGCUUUCUUGAUGCUGCUGAGAUGUGUUAGCUGCUAAUUUGAGUAUUGUAUCAGAAUAAAAUAAAAUGUUACAAAGUAGCUGCUACAUUUUGCAAGUUGUGUAACUUUUAACUAAUGACUGCUUUGAUUUCUACUGCCUGUAAAGUUUGAAAUCCCACCUACUACUUAAAGGGAAAAGUUUUAAGAGAAUCAUCAGAUAUGGUGUUGCAAUGCAACAGAGGUUGUUCUGCAGAGCACAGGGUGUUUCUGCCUCAUCGGGUAUAUUUCAUUCUUCAUUGCUUGUAAACCAAUCCAUGGAUUUGUCUUGGUUCAAGGCGCUGCCUCGUCUCCUUUUGCUGGACAGGCUCUGACAGUCUACCAGAAAUAAGGAGAAAGAAAAAUGUAAUAAGAAAAUAAUGGAUCAAAGUCUGCCCUUUGAAAUGCAAGUGAAGCAGCUCCUGACGUCACCAGCUACCAACUGGUGGCUAUCAGUUUCUUUAAGAACAAUGUUCUUCAAGCACAGCUUUAAGAGAAACUGAAAUCCACUGAAUUUGUUCUCUUGAUAAAGCUGUGCUUAUUUCAAGAAAAAGGCCAGUUGUUGACAGGUAUAGCUUUGGUUCAUUUCCAGCACCCAUGCUUAAAGUUGCCCAGUUAUUUGUGAACUUUCCUAUAGAUAGAUAGAUAUAAAAAUCAUUCUCAAACAGUCAAAAUAAACACGAUUUUUUCUGACCUCGGUCAGAUAUGAAAAGCGAGAUCUCUCAGGUAAAAAAAGAUUUAAAAUGAAGUCUUUUAGGGCCUCGUGUAAGCCUCCAUAUAUACAUGUGGUGGUUUAACACAUUAUAUUUAUGAAAUGACAUGUUGUAGACACCUGACUUGUUCUGUAUCUCAAGGAAGAUUCAAAUGCCAAAUUUUUCCAAGUUGAGGGAUCCCUUGAGAAUCAUAGUUGUACUGAAGCUGUGAAAAGCACGCUCCUACUAUAAUAGUGAAAAUGUGGAUAUUAGUGAGAGCAUACACAAAUGAAAAAUAGAGCUAUAAACAACUGUAACCCUGUAUUAAAUAAAUAUACUAAGAACG